CCCAAUCAGCCUGUUUUUUGCAGCUACAUAAUCAACCAGCGCCCUCGUUCUUUCGCAUACUUACAUACAUCCAUACAUAUACACAUUAUAUAUACUCAAAAUGACCUCUCUCUUAUCCAACAUCGGCCUCGGCAUCCCAGGCAUCAACAACACCUCUAUCUUCCUCAUCGCAAACUGGCUCUACGCAUACGGCAUACUGUCGACGCGCGUCGUAAAGCAGCAGGCUGGCAUCGACGACAACCGAAACCCUCGCCUCGCUUUUGCCAAGUACGGCGAGCGCGCCGUCAGCGAGGGCAAAAUCACCCGUCGCCAGUUCGAGCGCAUUCAGCGAUUACAGUCGGCCCAUGAGAAUGCCGUUGAGGGCUAUACGUUUUUUGUAGCUGCUAUUCUGUUCGCCAAUAUCGCAAAAGUGGAUACUGCAACAAUCAACCUGAUCGGCGUCUGGUAUUCUCUGAGCCGCAUCGCGUACGGAUUGGCAUAUUAUUACAUCGAGGACAAAUCUCUCAGUUACGUUCGGUCUGCGUGCUGGUGGAGCGGCAACUGGAGUUGUAUUAUGGGGAUCUGGUGGGCUGGCAGGAAUCUGGCUUAGAGCCAGAGUCGAUAUUGACGUCUAUGAUGAUAUAUACCUACAUCA